GUCAUUCAAAACUGAAGUGUCGUUCAAAAGUUUUCUCGGCCCGACUGAACUUGGAUUGAAAACUGGAGAGGAGGAACUGGUGACCCAGACCCAAUAGGGACUCUCUUAAGAUGGCUCGUUUAACGGCGCUGGGCAUGGCGGUGAUUCUGCACUCCGUUCUGGGCAUCUCGUACUACUACUACUUCCGCGGAUCACCGGGCUCUUCUGCUCCUCUUCUGGGCGCCUGGCUCUUCUCGGCUUGCGUGGUGGCCCUCCUCCAGGCGGUGAGGAUCUUUCCCAAUGCUUCGUCAGGCGACCAGCGGAUGAGGAGCAGGAAUCAUGGAAGCAAUAACUCGUCCUGGGCAGCGUUCUUCUUGGAAACUGGCAUCUGUUGCCUGGUGCUCGAUGUGACACUGACAAAGUUGUGGCAUCGAAUAGAGGCCCUUUGCCAAUGUGCCGUAGUGGGUGUGCUCCAGGCGUUGGCCAUCGAAGAGCAGACCUUUCUCGCCUGCGAGUACUGGACUUUGGGCCUGGCCACUGGACUCAUCGGCGCCUGUCUCUUGUGGCUUACCCUCUGGGCCACCGCGCUGCCGCGGAAGGUGCAGUGCGGCCUUCUCGACUGGCGCCGUUCCCUUCAUCGCCAGUGCUCCUCACUCAUCUUCCGUCCACUUGAAACGGGCAGCACUGUACCAACUCAAAGGCAGGAGAGCACCCGGAGCUUCGCCGGUUGAAUCGGAAGGAACCAUCAUUCGCUUAAAACCAAAUACCAGUUCACCUCGGAGUCAGUAAUAAAUUUAUGGGUUUAGUAA